CCCCGUUUCCUAUUAAUGCUUUUUCCCCCUGGAUAUUUGUUUGUUACAAGCCUCUGCGCCAUUUCUGGUUCCAUUCUUUUCUUUGGGUUAUCUUUCUUGUAAAUGUCUUUUUUAUAUAUACAUCAUCUUCUACUGUGGUAUUCUUUCUUCUCCUUUUUUGCCCCCUUCUUCUGGAUUCUUCCUCUCCCUUUGUUUAAAUUCAGUUAAACUUAAUUGGUUCCCGCAGGUCUUUCUCUUCCUCUGUCACGCUGCAGUCUGUCAUGUGAUGACAGUGUGCGGGCUUGUUUAUGGGAUUUGCCUCCGCAGAAGAGAAAUCUGGCCUACUGUUAUGAACGGACCCCAGUAGCUUUGCAGUUCACCUCAAUGUGACUUCCGCUGCCAUGCCGUCUUAUGAAGUGUAGAAUGAAAUUGUUCUUUACUGUCUGGAACUGUAUAACAAAUAUUUUUAAAUGGCCGAAGAGGUUUUAAUUCCACCAGCUGGCAAAAUACUCCCGCAUCUUACAGGUUCACUGUUGGCUGUGGCUUUUCUCACAUCCUUUGGAAGUUCUAUGCUUUAUGGAUACAAUUUAGCUGUGGUCAAUUCUCCGGCGGUGUAUAUAAAGGACUUCUUCAACAAAACAGCAUUGAGCCGCAAUGGAAAUGGACUCACUGGGGAGACCCUGACUUUGAUGUAUUCACUCACUGUGUCAGUAUUCGCAAUUGGUGGUCUGCUUGGGUCUUUAAUUGUGGGUGUGCUAGUAACUCGCUUUGGCCGGAAAGGCACUGUGGUAAAAACAACAGUUCUGGUGUUUAUUGCUGGCACACUAAUGGGCUUUAGCAGAAUUUGUGGUUCACCUGAGAUGGUCAUACUGGGUCGUUUCAUCACAGGAAUUCACUCAGGAAUCUCUUUAAGUGUAGUACCAAUGUACCUUGGUGAGAUAGCACCAAAGAACCUGAGAGGCUUUCUGGGUCUGGUUCCAAGUAUCUUUAUUGGCACAGGAGUCUUUGCUGCCCAAAUCCUCGGAUUACAUGAACUAUUAGGAAAGGAGGAACACUGGCCACUGUUCCUCUCUGUGGUGGUGGUACCUACAUUUAUCCAGUUAAUGCUGUUGCCAUGGUUUCCAGAGAGUCCCAGAUACCUGCUGAUUGAGAAGCACAAUGUCCAUGCCACCAUCACAGCUCUGAAGUGGUACAGAGCCAAUUGUAAUAUACAAGCUGAGAUUGAGGAGAUGCAGGAAGAGCAGCGUUCCUUGUCAUCUGUGAAAACAUUGUCAGUGUGGAAUCUUCUCCUUGAUGAUACAGUCCGUUGGCAGGUCCUAAGUGUGGUGGUCAUCAACAUUGGCAUGCAGCUCUCUGGAAUUGAUGCUAUUUGGUUCUAUACCAAUGAUAUAUUUGAGAAUGCGGGAAUCCCUGCGAUAGAGAUCCCAUACACAACAGCAGGCACAGGAAUAAUAGAGAUAAUUGCUGGACUCAUUGGGUGUUUCACAAUAGAGAAGCUGGGGAGGAGGCCUCUUAUGGUUGGAGGAUUCACCAUGAUGGGAGUCUGCAGUUCUGGGAUAACCUUUACCCUUAUUUUACAGACACGUAUGAUAUUCAUGCGUUAUGUGAGUGUCUGCUGCGUGGUCGGAAUCAUCGCUGGAUUCUGUAUUGGUCCAGCGGGAGUUCCCUUCUUGGUCACAGCAGAGCUCUUUAAACAAUCCCAUCGCCCAGCAGCCUACAUAGUGGGAGGAUCUCUGAACUGGCUUUCCAACUUUACUGUGGGCUUUGUCUUCCCCUUCUUACAGAUGUCAGCUGGAGCUUACUGUUACUUGGUCUUCGCCAGCAUUUGUCUGUCUGUGGCCGUCUAUGUCUACAUGGUUAUACCUGAGACCAAAAACAAGACAUUCAUGGAGAUAAGCCAGAUGUUCUCCAAAAAGGAAGCGGUUCGAGAGACCCAGUGCCUUCUCUUGGUGGAUCAGCUAAAGCUGAAGAAGAUGAACGGCUACGGAAUCCUAGAAAAUCAUUCAUUGGAGUUUGAGAGCUCUUCAUCUGUGCCUUAACAAUGGUUGACAUUUUUAUUUGCUUUUUACAGUGGUUCUCAAAGUGUGGUAUAACUACCACAGGUGGCUCUCUCUUUCGGCACGCAAAAGAUUGAAUCAAUUAAAUGUUCAAACAACAUUUAUUUAGUUUAUUAUAUAUUUAAGUACAAUUCAAUUGUAAACGACGCAAACUAAAAAAGUUUUACUCAAGGUUUUUUUUAACUGUUUGUUUUUAAAAAUUCAUGAACAACUUUUAUAUAAUCCCAUUUACUCAUAAGUACAAUACCUUUUUUCCCAAGCAAGAAAAAUGAUAAUAUUCAAACUAUAGCUCAUUAAAAAUAAGUCAACCAAAGAUUGGCCAUUUUUAUCUGAACAAUUUGGCUUACUACACUAAUGUAUUUUAAUUCAGUGGCUACUAUUGCUAACGUUACAGUAGAUGUCCAAUCCAUUUUGGCUGGGAGGAUCUCGUAGCGAUCGAAUGAAUCCCGUCAGCCCUCCCAGUCAAAAUGGAUUUGACAUCUUUCCCAGUCAAUUGCAGCCAAAGAGUUAAUGUUGGCCUUGAUGAUACUUAGAGAGCCAAGUAUUAUUUUUUUUCAAGUGGUAAGUGCUGUAAAAGGUUUGAGAACCACUGUACUAGGAGGGUUUAAAAUUAUUUGGGUUUUUUUUUUUGGGUGGGGGUGGGUAGCCCAACUUUUUUUUUUUUUUUUUAAAUUGACUGUUACUCUGUGCACAGGAUUGAAGCAACAACAAAAAAAUGAACUGCUUUACUUACUGGAACAGACUUCGGCUUGUGUGGCAUGGGUUGUGUGCAAUCUAAAUUUAGAAACACCAUUUAAAACCAUAAUUAAAUACAGGUAGUCCCCGGGUUAUGAAUGAGUUCCGUUCCUAUGCUGGCGACGUAACCUGAAUUUCCGCGUAAAUCAGAGUUAAACCUUUCAUAACUAUAACGAAAUAACUAUCCAAAAACAUGUACUAUACAGCUUUUUUUUUAAUGUAUUAUACACCAUAUCAAUCAAAUAAAGCAAAACAUAAGACUAAACAAGAAAAAAUGGCGGGUGAAACAUUAUUACGCGACCCAAUAAAAUGACCAGAGACCAAAUGGCUGGUGAGACUCUGGCAUCGUAAAGUCAAAAUCACGUAAGUCGGGUACAUCGUAACCUGGGGACUACCUGUAUUGCUGCGUGUUCAGUCAUAACCCAUAGAAAAUGUGUGAUACCAUUUGAUAUACUGAUAUUUGUAUCUCAUUUUUGUUUCUAAAUUGCCUCCACUAAAGGUAUAUCAGGAUUAACUAAAAUUGAGACAAAACAUCACUGAGACAAAUGAGAAUUAUUUGAGAAAACCAGACUGUUUCUACUAUUUCUCUCAUUUUACUAUCUGUUUUCCUCAAAUCCAUCAUUUCCGCAAUAUUUCUCAAAAUUUAAGAAAAAACCCAUACAUACGCCGCACCUGACUAUAAUCCGCACGUAUCCAUGUCUUAAUAUGGGAUAUUUAUAUAGAGAGAUGUUCGAAAGAAACAAAAAUAUAUUUACUAACACACCAAAAGCAUUCUCAUCCUCCGCAUGCACAUUACAGGCACACUCAUGUUUUUUCAGUUCAAAACCAUACACACUUAAUUAAAAAAAAAAAAAAGAUUGAAUUAAAAAGAAAAAAAAAAAAAAAAACAUCACCACAUUUACAAAGAAGGAAAAUAAUCCAAUUAGGGCUAGCUGCAGCCCGCAGUACUCACCUUACACGCCCCUUACAUAGCCUUCCCCGCCCCUUUUUGACUACUUCCGCACCCAAUGACAUGGAAGAGGGUUAGGUAAGGUUACGUUAGGUUUCGGUGCUCUUUGAAAAGCGCUAUGAUGUGAAGAGGCGUGGCAGCCUGGAUGUUGAACGCACGCAUUCAGCUGACGGGGUUUGUGUGUUGGUAAAGAACCUGUUGGGGUGAAAUGGAAGUGAGGACGGAUGAAACGCCGUUAUGUGAAACAGGCAACCCCGCGCUGGCCCAACUGUCGAGUGAGUGGGGUGCUGUGAUGUAAUACAAGCAGAGCGGCUGGCAUAUAUCUAAUUUUCAUCGGCGCGGGAGGCAGAUAACGAAGCUCCAUCUGAUUGGUCGUUGAAAGCAGGGGGUGUGGAAGGUAAUGUAAGGGGCGCGGUAGGCUAGUACUGUGGGCCGCAGCUGGGCCCUUCACAAAAAAAUCCACUUUACGUCCUCUUAAAAAUCCCAACAGUAGGAUAUUUGGAUUAAUUUACAGUUAUGGGCAAAAGGCUAAGUCAAUUUAUCGCAGGGUAAAUAAAAAUGAGGCCGGUAAUUUUCCUGGCUGCGAUUUAUCGUUGUGUGUGCUGCGUGCACUCGGCACACAUGCGUGUUGAUUGCAUAUGAGUUCCUUUUACAGAUGUUUAUGGGUCAUCAACAGGCCGUAGAAUUAAAAGUUUAGACAUACAAAAUAAGGAAACGCAUCUAUAUUAAACAUUGUAAAACGUUAGCAUUGCUACAUUGAGGCUAAUGGAAAAAAGACAAUCUACUAAGCACUCUAACCUGCUACUGUAUAAAACAUUGACAGUCUUCUCCAAAUCACAAAAUUGCGAUUAAAAGGCAACAAUUCAAACAUGAAAACUCGCUGAUUUACAGCAUUUGCAAACGAUGCCAGAAAAAAAAAGAAAUCUAUUGCUGACACAACAUGCACAACAAAAAGAGGAGUGCACAAUUUUAGCGGCUUAGUGAACAUACUCCAGGUGAACAUUUCAAAAUAAAACACGUCAUGUUCAACAUGUAAACAAAAAUUUCUGGAGUUAAUCUAAAAUACUUCAGAUUCUACAGCAAAAAUAGCUGUAAAAUGACACCCAUUAUGAAAAAUCUAAUUGGCAAUGAAAAAUUUGGCUUCAAAUUUGCUAAAGUGCACUUUGCAGGACAAGAUGACAAUCAUUUUGGCUCAAACACUUUUGAUGGGCUCAAAUUAGCAGAGGAAAAAAAUGACAUUGGGUUUCUCACCCAUUUCAUAUUCUGCACUUAGCUAGCUUUCAAAUGACUUGUUAUGCAUUGUGUGUGUGGUUUUUUUUUAUAUUAUUUUUUAAUAUAGUUUGUGUUUUAUUCAAGAAUAACAGUUUAUUGCAUUUGAAUGGGGGAUUUAUUAGGAUGUAUUGUCACUACAUUAGUGGUUGAAUUUGUUAAAAAAAAAAAAACAUUAAUUGACAAUAAUAUCAUAUAUCUGCAAUAAUUUAUGAGACAAUAUGUCGCCUACUAAAAUUUGUUUUCCAGACAGAACUACAAACGGCUAUCAGCGCUGACAAAGUUGUAGCACAUUGAAGCAAUCAGCCCUCUUUCAUUCUGUCAAAACACCCAGUGCUGGCCUAAAACUAUUCGUCUGUAAUGGCAUCAAACAUCGGAAAGACCCUUCAUUGGCAAUUAAAUCCUCUGAGUACUGGUUGAAAACAGCUUAUCGGUAUUAGCAUAGCCUCCUCUCGUUAUAGCGAAUGGUGGAUAUCCAUCCUUUUAAAAUUUUUUAAUUUAACGGUUGAUAAGAUGGAUACCAUAUUCAUCUAUAAAAUCCCCAGUUUUUGAAGAAGUCUGAUGAAGCGGCUGGUAAGCUUUGUUUGCAGCCCAAGGUGUUAUGCUAUACAUGGUUUGACUUGAAUGUUUUUGAAACGCUAAAACAUAGCGAAAGAUGCAUUGGAGCAAAGAAAAACUCAAGAUUUUUGUCACAUCAUCACAUGAAGGGUUGUAGAGCAAAAUUAAAUAAAGGGACCAUAUUUUUUUAAUUUUAUUUUAUUUUAUUUGUUGUUGUUUUUUGGGGGGGGGCAUGAUGCUCGUUUGUCCAACCCAAAAAAUCCAUGAAUAGGUUUCUUCGUUAUGAAAGCCACAGGGUUAAAGUGAGAGAGGGCAAAAAUAGUGGCUUUUACAGUAAUUUGUCUCAGUGAUGUGUCUAUUUUGCUCAUCUCUUGCUCAUUAGGGAUCCUUAGGAGAAUGAGGCAAAUAUGAGAAGCUGGAAUUGUUCUCACACCUUGGAUAUGGGAAACUACUCUUUUAUGGGAUUCCAAUUUGUAUUUCUGUUAUUUGACUUGUAUUUUUAUGCAAAGGUCAUCAAAGCCUAAUAAUUAAUGUAUGAUGUAAUUUACAAAAUAUAAAUACGUUAUAGAUAGUAUUAAAAAGUAUAUGUAUAUAUCUAUUAUAUUUGUACCAUCAAGUUAGGAGCUAGCUAGCUGAAAUGUUUUCAGUGACGGUGCUUAUUUUGCUUGAAUAUUGAAAAUAUUGUAUAUAUUCAUAUAUACACAUACUGUAUAAACAGUAAAUAAAUACAGUGGACCAUCCUAGUACGAGCACAAUCCUUUCCACAACCAAAAUCGUAACGUAAAUGUGCUCAUAUCAUGAAUGGAUAUUCUCCAUAACAAAUAAUACAAUUUCCAUUAAUGUGAGCAACACUUCCCAUGUUACCCCUACUAAAUAUGGAUAUGUAUAUAUCUAUAUAAUUCAAGUACACCAUUUGGAGUGUCUCCUGGACAAAAUGAAUCAAAUAAA